UUCGAAGAUGGGGAAUAUUGGAUUGCAACAACAUUACGAGACUGCCAAGAAGACGGGAGCACUGAGAUUGUCGCAAAAGAAAUUGGACGAAUUUCCAUCGAAUCUGCGUACAUUGGCACAUCUUUUACGUAACUUGGAUAUUUCGGAGAAUAAAUUUACUAGAUUACCCGACGAGAUCGGCGAAUUUACCUUGUUGAAACAGAUCAAUUUGAGUCGUAACAGGCUUACAACAUUACCAGAGAUCAUUGGUCUUUUAUCGAAAUUAGAAUGUUUCAAUGGAAGUUCGAAUUACAUAGAAAAGAUACCGCGUUCCUUUUCAAAAUUAUCCCAUUUGAAACAAGUCAAUCUUUCUGACAAUCGCAUUACCGAAUUCCCUUUAAUGUUUUGCGAUUUGAAACAUCUCGACGUAUUGGAUCUGUCGAAGAAUAAAUUAACGAUAAUACCGGAUGCUGCUUCCUUACUUUCGGUAACCGAAUUAAAUCUCAAUCAAAAUCAAAUUUCUAUUAUAUCGGAUAGAAUCGCCGAAUGUUCGCGUCUGAAAACUUUACGGCUAGAAGAAAACUGUUUACAAUUGAACGCCAUACCAACCAGGAUAUUGAAAGAGUCUAAGAUAUCGAUGUUAGCGUUGACAGGGAAUCUCUUCGAGAUGAAACAAUUCGCUGACGUUGAAGGAUACGACGAUUAUAUGGAAAGAUAUACAGCGGUGAAAAAGAAAAUGUUUUAAACUCAUCAAGAUUACGAACACAUCUCGUUGUCACAUUAGAAUUAAUAGUAAACGCACAUACAGUUUCUCACGUA